AUGAGUACUAAUAUGAGAGGGUUGAAUACAUUCAUCACUGACAUCCGUCACUGCUCAAAUAAGGAAUAGGAGGAGAAACGAGUGGAAAAGGAAUUGUAAAAAAUUAGAGGCAAAUUUACAUCUCAAAAAGGAUUGGCUGGCUAUUAGAAAAAGAAGUACGUUUGGAAAUUGCUGUAUAUCUAUAUUCUAGGUUAUGAAGUUGACUUUGGAUAAUAGGAAUGCGCCUUCUUAAUUAAUUCUUCAAAAUUUAGCGAGAAAUAUACAGGUUACGUAGCUACUUCAAUUCUGGUGAGUGAAAAAACACAUGACUUAUUUACAUAAGUAGCAUCCUCAAUUAGAAACGAUCUAUAAUCUGUAAAUGAAAUUAAUCAAUCAUUGGCCUUAACUAUGGUUGGAACAUAAGCACCAUAGGAAUUGGUCAAUGCAUUGCAUUAGGAUGUCUAGAAAUUGGCAUUGACAGAAUCUAGAUCAACUUUCCACGUUAGAAAGAAGGCAUGUGCUUGCUUACUUAGAAUGUAUAGGAAAUAUCAAGAUAAAUUCCAGCCAUCAUAAUGGGCUUAAGGAAUUUCAUAAAUGUUCGAAUCUAGACACCCUUCCUUAGGAUUUAUGACUGCAGCUACUUCAUUAUUAGUCGGAACAUGUUAGUUAAAUAAUCCAUCAAUCUUUGAAGAUUGCACACCUAAAUUAAUCAAAUUACUUCACAAAAUUGCAAUUCAAAAAGAUAGCCCUGGAGAUUAUAAUUAUUAUGCCACUCCUGCACCAUGGCUUCAAGUCAAGAUUUUGAAGGCGCUUUCAUUCUUUUCACCCCCUCCUCCAUCCACCGAUUCUCAUCGAUAAUUGACUGAAUGCCUUACUAAAAUCAUCAAAAAAACUGAAGUUACUAAAAGCAUUAACAAAAAUAACGUUGAUCAUGGCAUUCUAUUCGAAGCUGCAAAUCUUGUUAUAACAUAUAAUGGCGCAGUUGGAAUGGAGUUGAAAAACGAUAUCUUAAAAUUACUUGGAAUUUUCAUAUCAGUUAAAGAACCCAAUCUAAGAUAUUUAGGAUUAGAAACAAUGUGUAAAUUUGUUAAACUUGCAGGAGAUUCCCUAGAAGAUCAUUUAAAUACUAUUUUUAAAUCUUUAAGAGACAAUGAUAUAUCAAUCCGAAAAAGAGCUUUAGAUUUAUUAUAUUUAAUCAGCAGUCCAAAUACUAGUUAAAGAAUAGUUGAAGAAUUGUUGAGUUAUGCUGAAAAUGGGGCAGAUUUACAGAUUAAAGAUGAUUUAGUUUUAAAAAUAGCAAUAUUAUCUGAAAAAUUUGCAGACAAUUUAUAUUGGUAUAUUGAUGUUGUUGUAAGAAUGAUAAACUCAUCAGGAGAUUUUGUCACAGAAGACAUUUGGUUUAGAAUCAUUCAAAUUAUUGUAGGAUUCUAAAAAGAGGGCAAUCAAGAACUAUAAAAAUAUGCAGCCACCAAAUUAUUUUCAUAACUAUCCAUGCCUCAUGUUCAUGAAACAUUGAUUUGUAUUGGAGCAUUUAUUAUCAGUGAAUACUCUUAAAUGCUAGUGGAAUAGAAUAAAGAACCAUAGAAAUUAUUUGACAUUCUCAACAAACAUUAUACAUUUAGCACUGAAAGAAGCAGGCAAAUGUUAUUAAACGCUUUUGUUAAAUUGGCAUGCAAAUAUCCAGAAUUAAGAGAUCAAGCAAUAAUGAUAUGUCAAAUAGCUGGGGAACAUUUUGAUCCGGAUAUUUAAUAAAGAGGAAUUGAGUACUUCUCUUUAUUAAUGGAAGAUGAUAAACUCUUAAAUCAAAUUGUUGUUAAAAUGCCCCCAUAUUCAGAAUUAGUAUAACAAAAUAACCCACUAACUAAGAGAAUUUAUGUUAUGGUGUUAAACCCAAAGGAAUAGAAGGAUCCAACUUUAUUAAAUUAGGCCAGAAUCUAAGCUAGUCAAGAGAUUGCUAUGGCAGAAUAGAGACUGUAAAGCAAACCAGAAUAACUUUAAAAGCAUCUGAGUUGGUUGAAAGCGUGUCCAUAUCUAAAUCAAUUUUAAGGUCAAAUUGCACUUGAAGGAGUGAAUAUUAUGGUUCCUCCAUCUCCAGAAGAUAAUAAUUUGAAAUCUCCUUCAAUAAGCAAUGUAAAUGAAAUUAAGGUGUUAUUAACUUCAUAAAUUGGAAAGGUAGUCGAUAAACCAGGAGAUCUUGUUGUUUAAUAUAAAUCUGAGAUAAGCGGACAUUUGGGAAAGGUUUCUUUCUAAUUUGAAGGAGCCUCUCCAAUUUAAAACUUAUCAAUUCUUGUAUCUUAGACCAAUGGUAUGUUAUUCAACAUUUUACCUGUAAAAUAAGGUGAUUUUCCAUAAGUCAUGAUGUAAGUUUUAAGUUGUGAUGGAAAUAUGACUUUGCCUAUAGCAUCCGUUUUCUAUGAAUAAAAUGGAUAAUAAAAGAAGCAUGAAUUCAAUCUACCAAUCUAUACAAAUAAGUUUGUUCAACCAGUUGACAUGCCAUACGAUAAAUUCACUAAAUUCUUUGACGAUUUUACCAAUAAUUUAAGCAAUUAAAACUAUUUUAAAUUAGAUUCAUUUAUCAGAAAUACAGCUCCGUCUAAUAUCCCCAUGUCUGAAGUGCUCAAAAAAGCUGGAGGACUCCUUUCUGUUGGAUUAAAUUUGAAAGCGUAACCAUUCCCAUCUCUUGAAAAUUUACAAAUGAUUUGGGCUUGUGGAUAAUUGAUGAUAAAACCGCCAGAACAAAGUAACAUUUUAAAUCUACCAAUUAUGGUUAUCAUUUCAUCAUUGGAUUAAACCAAUGAAUUUUUAAGAGUUGGUAUUAGAUGUGGUGGAAGUGGAGAAAUAGCUAAGAAUUAUAUGAAAUUAAUAAUGCUAUACCUGGGUUGA